AUGAAGAGAUGGAGGAGAGAGAAGCAUCUCCAGAACCCAGUUGUGUAUCUAUGAGAAGUAACAACUCCAUGAGGCAACCCCCCGUUCUGAGUGAUGAAACCGUGGUCUCUAAUCCCCGGUAAGAUAUCAACACACACAAAAACAUAACACUUAACCUCUGACUUCCGUGAGAUCAACUGAAUUGCAUUUGUUUCUCGGCUAAAAUAAUUAUUUCUAUGUAGCACAUACAGUUUUUUAAACUGAUCCAAAAAUACAUGUAAAAAAUGAGUAUUGUGUGGUUUGAACAUAAAGAUGAACUUGUUUUCUUUGCAGUACUAAAAAUCUAAAAAAAAGCAUUUAUUUUGUGAUUUUGACCAGCUUGUCCCACAGAAUGAAACAAAAAUGAUUAUUUUACUCAAACACGUACCUAUAAAUAGUAUUCAGAAAAACAGAAAAUCUCGAUCUAGUGAUUUUUACCGGUGCUAUAUGAAGAGUUUGGUUCCAAAAUGAGAUAACUCCCUUUACAUUUUUUUUUUUCAAAAAUCUGUUAAAUGAUGUUAUCAUGUUUUUAUUGUGUUAUGGCCUCUUUACACAGCAAAGGCGGCACAGAAACCGAAUCUGAAGCAGCAUAAAACCAAGAAAAUGUGUAUUUACACUGAGCGUUAAUGCGGCUCUAAAGCGUCAUAAAUGCAUUUACACAGAAAUUAAAAUUAUGCAAAAUAAUGCUGAACAUAACCACAAAAGCACAGUUCUAACAAUAUGCAAAUAAAAUAAUGUCUUAAAUUAAACAAUAUAAACUCCCAUAAAAAUACUGACACUAAUAUUAACAAUGCAUUCUUUGGAUAAAAGCAAUAUUAGGCUAUAAAUGCAACAUUUUAAAUGAAUUUCCUAGCUAACAAACACUCCAUAGAAAUUUGUUAUUAGAACAUUGUCGUGAAUGAAAUAUUGUCCUCAAUGAGAUGCGUUUGGACAAAUAACAACAAAAUCCUGCAUUUCAAUCCUAGCCCGAUGAGACCCAAAUCAUUUACGCUCCUAUAGGGCGCGCCUCCCCACACUGUCAGAAAAAAUGUGUCAGAUUUGUACCUUUAGGGGUACAAUGGCUUGUCACUGGGGCAGUACCCUCAAAGGUACACAUAUUGUACCAUUCCACAUGGAUACCCAGACAGCAAGCAACCAUUGAAUCAAUGUAAACAAAUAGCUGAUUUGUGAAUGUUAAUUGCGUUGAAUCAAUAUCAUCUAAACUAUUUUAAUGGCUGAAAACAGUCUCAAAAUUUACAUCAUGCUUUCAUUUACAUUUACGCAUUUGGCAGAUGCUUUUAUCCAAAGCGACUUAAAUUGCAUCAUACUAUUUUGAUUCUGAGUAUGUGCAAUCCCUGGGAUCAAGCCCAUGACUCUGACAUUGUUAGCGCCGCAUGCUCACUGAGCUACAGGAAUCGUGCAUUCAAAAUGUGCCACAGCCUGCCUGAGUAAACAGCCGCAGCACAAACAAAAAUACUCCAAACAUUUUUCCGCAAUAAAUCAUUUUAUGAAGAAAUUAAACGAAAAAUGUAUGUUUGAAUUAUUUAAAAAAUCUGCAUUGUUAUUAUUAUCCUAAAACAGAUGUCGCUGUGUGUUUUUGGCUUCAUCUUCACUCUCUUGCUUUCUGCUGAAAUGGCAAUGGAUUUAGAGCGGCUUUAAUGCGCCUUCAUUUACACUAAACCUGAGCCGCAUCAGAGUCGCCUUUGAUACUAGGGUCUGAGGAGGGUCAGAGCCGGCAUAUUUUAGAUCGGCUUUCGUGCGUCUUUACACAGAAGUUUAAUCCGCCACAUAGACGCCUUAACUCGCCUGUGUAAAGACACCUUUAGUUAGUUGUAUUUGUUUUAGAUAUUAUGGCUUAAAUCAAAACAAAGCAACUGCAGUUCGAUUGAUAUUAAUUGGAAUGCACGAUAAAAAAACAUGAUUUUUUUAAAUUAAGUUUUUAAAAAAUCUCAUUUUGGAACCAAACUCUAUUAAACAGGUGAAGUAGGAAAAAAUGACAAAUCAGUAGAAGAAAUGGUUAGUGGACCUUGUUUCUCUGCCAUCUAAUAUUUGACUUUUGAUGCAGUUUUCAUCUUCUUCUGUACUGUACAACAUUUUCAUUUCUGUAAGUAGUCAUGCAACAUCACCAAUACAAUCAGCGAGCGAAUUCUUUUUUCUUUCUUUUCUUUGUAUAAUAUGAACGCAAACAUUGUGUAAUUUCAAAAUACUCACUCUCAAUGAAACUAUUUUCAGACUCAUUAACAAGGAUAAUCCACGGCUAGCCGUGCUUUUCAAUUUUAACGCACAAUGUGGAGGUUGAGCAUACCCGACGUGAUGCAUUAAAAGCAUGGCUAGCUGUGGAUUAUACCGCUUAUACCAUGGUCAUUUGCCAAAUUAAAGCUGUUAGUGAUGUUUACAGUAUAAUUUUUGAUAGACGGGAGAAAAUGACAGUUAUUCUCAUCAGUUAACUUCAAACUACCCGUGCAUUAAACAGGUUUUAAUGCACACCUUCCAGCCAAUCAGAAUCAAGUGUUCAAACAGACCAUGGUAUAAAAGAAUUUAAAGUUGAAGUGAAUCUGAAAUAACAAGAACUUUGAUCUAAUGAUUCUUAACCUUUCAGUGAUUCUUCAGUUAGGGUUGUUUUCCUAUUGAUUACAAAACACAUGAGCGCUAACAGUACAUGUUUACAUGUCACACAGGCAGCAGAUGUUGAGAUAGUUCUUAACGUGGAACCUGAAAACAAUGGGUAUGAUGGUAUCACGGUCUGACUAAAGCAUUCAAAACUCCUCUGACAUCUGCAGCAGAAUGAGAAAGUGAUUCACCCGUCUACCUGAAUUCAUGUACUGUAUAUCACACUGUAAAUAUCUGAGAGCAGUACAUCACAUUAUACCGAUUUAGGAACUGAAAAUGUCGCAGUAUGUUCAUGUUACUUAAUGAAACCGAAAAGCAUUUAACAUUAAGUUUUCACUGUGUGUAAAACAAGACACUGUAAACAAUAUUUACUGAACCGUUUUACUGGGUGCAUAAAAAUACACAAGAGACUUUAGCAAGCAUACUAAGAGUAAGAGUUACAGUAUUUCAUCUGGAUGUAAGCUACUUUCAUUUCCUUAUGACCAGCUGAACCUUUUUUUAGACAAGCUUUAACCUUCAGUUCCCACUGAGAGUUGUGCAUCCAGAGAUUCCAGCCUGGUAAGAGCUACUGAAUCCAGACUGUGGAAAAAGAUGAUCUGAUGAGAUCUGUAAAGUCCUGUCAGACCCACAUCAAACAGCACAACACAAAACCAACCAUGCAUCAGGACUGUCACGAUGAAUCUGUGGAUGAUGUUCUCCAGAGAGUGAAAGACAAACACAAAAACAUCAUGAAGAACAAGUAUGAGAGUUUAUUUGAGGGAAUGAAAGCACAAGAGAAUCAAACGCUCCUGAAGAGAAUUUACACACAGCUGUACAUCAGAGAGGGAGAGAGUGAAGGAGUGAAUGAAGAACAUGAGGUUUUACACAUGGAGAAACAGCCCAGAAGAACACAAGACUUACAAGACACUCCAAUCUACUGCAAUGACAUCUUCACACCUCAAUCUCAUCAAAGACACAAAAUCAAGAGCGUUCUUACUAAAGGCAUCGCUGGAAUUGGAAAAACAGUCUCUGUGCACAAGUUCAUUCUGGAUUGGGCCGAGGGAACAGCCAAUCAGGACGUAGAUUUCAUGUUCCUGCUUCCGUUUCGAGAGCUGAACUUGAUUGGAGAGCAUCGCUACAGUCUUCACAAACUUCUGCUGGACUUUCAUCCUGAACUUCAAGAUGUGGACUCUCAGAUUUAUGAGGAGUGUAAAGUUGUGUUCAUCUUUGAUGGUCUGGAUGAAAGCAGAAUGACACGGAUGUUUUCAGACCACAGUGAGAAAGUUUCUGAUGUGACGGACGCUUCAUCAGUGGCCGUGUUGAUGUCAAACCUCAUGAAAGGAGAUCUGCUUCCCUCCGCUCUCAUCUGGAUCACCUCCAGACCAGCAGCAGCCAAUCAGAUCCCCUCCAAAUACAUCACGCGUGUGACAGAAAUCCAGGGAUUCGACGACGCUCAGAAGGAGGAAUAUUUCAGGAAGAGAAUCAGCGACGAGCAUCAAGCCAGCAGAAUCAUAUCCCACAUUAGAAGAGCGAGAAGCCUCCACAUCAUGUGUCACAUACCGGUCUUCUGUUGGAUCUCCUCCACUGUGCUUCAGAAGAUCCUGACACAAGAUCACAGUGAAGAAAUCCCCAAAACUCUGAGUGAAAUGUACAUCCACUUCCUGCUGAUCCAGAUGAAGAUGAAGAAUGAGAAGUAUGAUCCAGAGAGAGAUCCAGAGAUCAACAGAGAAGUGAUUGUGAAACUGGCUGAAGUGGCUUUCAAACAGCUGAUGAAGGGCAAUGUGAUGUUCUAUGAGGAGGAUCUGAGAGAGUGUGGGAUAGACAUCACUGACGCCUCGCUGUAUUCUGGCAUCUGUACUGAGAUCUUUAAAGAGGAAACUGUCAUUCAUCAGAGGAAGAUCUACAGCUUCAUACAUCUCAGUCUUCAGGAGUUCCUCGCUGCGUUCUACGUGUUUUACUACCAUGUCGGUACAACGAUGGAGACCCUGAAACAUUUUGCUUCAGUAGAGAAUCUGCUUAAAGGUGCAGUAGAUAAAGGUCUUGAGAGUGAAACUGGUCAUCUGGAUCUUUUCUUGAGGUUUCUGCUGGGCAUCUCGCUGGAGUCCAAUCAGAGACUCUUACAAGAUCUACUGACACACAAGGUGGACACCUCACAAACCAUCAAGAAAACUACUGCAUAUAUCAAAGAGAAGAUCAAAGAUGGACGUGGUUUCUCCACUGAAAGAUCCAUCAAUCUGUUCUUGUGUCUAAUUGAAGUGAAAGAUCAGACUCUGUACAGAGAGAUCGAGGAGUUUGUGAGAUCAGACAAACACUCAGAGAAGAAACUCUCGGCCGCUCACUGUUCAGCAAUAGCCUACAUGCUUCAGAUGUCAGAGGAGGUGAUGGAUGAGUUUGAUCUGAAGAAAUACAACACAACACAGGAGGGCAGAAGAAGACUCAUACCGGCUGUCAACAACUGCACAAGAGCUCUACUUGCUGACUGUAAUAUUGCUGAUCAACUCUGUGAGAUCAUUGCUUCAGCUCUUAAAUCCUCAAAUUCUCUAAAAGAGCUGGACCUGAGUAACAAAGAUCUUCAGGAUUCAGGAGUGAAGCUGAUCUCUGAUGCUCUCAAGAACAAAAACUGUCAACUAGAGAUACUGAGGUUAUCAGGUUGUAUGGUGACAGAUGAAGGAUGUUGUUAUUUGGCUUCAGCUCUGAGUUCAAACCCGUCACACCUGAGAGAACUCGACCUGAGCUACAAUCACCCACAACACUCAACACUUCAGCUGCUCGCUUAUCAAAAUGAUCCAAACUACACACUCAACAAACUCAAUGUGGAGCAUGGAGGACACUUCAGGAUCACACCAGGUUUGAGGAAAUAUGUCUGUAAUCUCACACUGGAUCCAAACACAGCAAACGUUCGUCUCCUUUUGUCUGAUGGGUACAAAAAGGUGACCCAUGUGGAAGAGCAGUCGUAUCCUGAUCAUCCAGACAGAUUUGAGAAUUACGAGCAGGUUUUGUGUAGAGAGAGUCUGACUGGACGCUGUUACUGGGAGGCUGAAUGGAGCGGCUGGGCUGAUAUAUCAGUGACUUACAAAAGAAUCGGCAGGAAAGGACGGAGUGAUGAUUGUAACUUUGGACUCAAUGAUAAGUCAUGGAAUCUGAGUUGUAUUUAUGGUAGAUUCACUGCCUGGCACAAUAAGAGCAGCGUCGACAUACGCGCCCCUUCACCUCCAUCUAAUCGAGUAGGAGUGUAUGUGGACAGACCGGCCGGCGCUCUGUCCUUCUACAGCGUCUCAGACACACACACACUCACACACUUACACACAUUCAACACAACGUUCACUCAACCUCUACACGCUGGAUUUGGAGUUUUUUAUUCUAACUGCUCGGUGUCACUGUUAGAUUAAACAGCCUCUCGUAAGAAAGAGUGUGUUUAGUUGCAACAGUGCAAUGUAUAUUACAAGCAUUAUAUAUACAAAAAGUUGUAGGAAAUAUACCCUGAUAGCACACAUACAUCAGGGAGACGUCUUUUUUAUGUCUGCAUUUACAUCUGCAAGACAUAGUUUUUGAUUGUUUGCUCAUCUGCAGUACGUCUCUGAGAUGUCUGCUGUCAGAUGUCGUAUAGACGUCUAGAAGAUGUUUAUAAGUUAGAAUGAAUGUAGAACUCCUCUUUCUAAGACUUUUAUCAGAUAUUUUUUACACAGCAGAUGUUUGAUGUACAUGUGCUAACUUGGUACAAUAUCAUAAAAACGUGUGUUAGUAUUAGGUUCCUUGUGUAUAUCAAAAGAGUGGAAAAAUAUAUAAAAUGAGAAAUAAAGGUAGGCCUAAAUAGAUUGUGAUUAAUGUGUUGACAAUCUACUAUACAAACUGUAAAACUACUGUACAAAGUCUUGAUUGUGUAUGUGUAAACUUUCACAAACUCACUGUCAACUCAGACUUUUUCUUACUAAUGUACUAUGUGUACAUAUACAGUAUAUAUAAUGUGUGUGUGUGUGUGUACAGUAUAUACUGUAUAUAAUGAUAUAUUUCUCCAAUAAAUACCAUAUAUCA